AUGAAACGAUUAUUUAGCAUUGCAGUCUUUGUUCGAGUGAGUUCAGCUUUCUUUUGUUGCCUGCAAAAUAUCACUGUUCGUGGCCAAUUCGCUUGUAAUAGAACCGCUAUCGCCAACGUUUCUGUGCAACUUUGGGAUGAAGAUUCAUAUUUCUCAUUAAAUAUUUUAGUCGAUCCUGAUGAUUUCUUGAAUUCUACUACAUCUGAUUCAGCAGGUUUUUUCAAUAUUUAUGGUGAGACAGUCGAGUUGUCUACCAUGGAUCCAUAUCUUAUAAUUUCUCAUAAUUGCCUUGAAGGGAAAAUUGAAGAAAAAUGUAUCUUCAAAGAAUCAUUCACAAUUCCAGAAAAAUUUAUUGGCAGGAUCUAUGAUAUGGCUAUCGUUAGCUUGAAUAUUGCUAGAAGGCAUCAUAAGGAGCUUUGUAUCAAUAGUUUAGAUUAG